AUCUGGUUCACGGAGUGAUCUAGUCAGUGGCCAAAGUACCGAGCAGUACUAAACUUAAUAGCUGAUCUUGGACGUCGGAACUUUUAAGGUUCUUUUUGUCUGGUAUCAAGCCAUGAGUUGGAUACCUAAAAAAUCCCCGGGCUUCUUUAGCGAGGGUAUAAAAAAAUGGGCCUACAAUAUUUCCCGGUUUAAUCAAUACGGUCUGCAUCACGAUGACUGCCUCAACGAAACGGAGUUGGUACAGGAAGCGUUGAAAAGAUUGCCGCAAAAACUGGUUGAUGAAAGAAAUUACCGCAUACUUCGCGCUACCCAGUUGUCCAUUACAAAGUCCAUUUUACCUAAGGAUCAGUGGACUAAAUACGAAGAGGAUGUUAAAUACUUACGACCUUACAUUGACGAGAUAAUGAAAGAACGCGAAGAAAAAGAACAAUGGAACAAGAUGUAAAUCCCUCGCACGGUUCUUUCUUAGUCAUAUAAAUGGUAUAUAUUAUGUGUAUAAUAAAUAAUGAUGUGUAAUAUUAUUUGAAAUUAAUAAAACAUACGGUUACGAUCUAA